UGGGAAUUUAAAAAGCAAAUCUAUAUGUUCAUUCAUUGUUGGUACAUACGCUAACAACAUCUUUGUGGCAGGCAGGCAGGCACAGUCGUCGUUGCCGUCCUUCUUCCUCUCCGGACGCCGUCUUUCACCCAUUAAACUCCAACAACAACUGUCUAUUGCCCCAUUCAUCCCUUUUUAUUUAUAUAUAUAUAUAUUGCCCACAUCAUCUUGUCUUUGGAAACCCACCCAGACACACCCACACCAAUCCUGGGACUCUUUCGGGUAGCAUUUGGUGUUGAGGAAAGACAAUGGCCACUGUGUCGGAUAUUACUGUUUCUGCUGCCAUUAACAGUCUAUCUGCAUUACUAUUUCUUGUGGCAUUUGCAAUCUUACGUCUUCAGCCCGUCAAUGAUCGGGUUUAUUUCCCAAAAUGGUAUCUCAAAGGCAUACGCGAAAAUCCAAGCACUGCAGGACCUUAUGUAAAGAAAUUUCUGAAUUUAGAUGUUAGAAUGUAUCUAAGAUUCUUGAAUUGGGUGCCUGCUGCUUUACGAAUGCCAGAACCUGAGCUUAUAGAUCAUGCUGGCCUUGAUUCUGCUGUCUACAUCCGAAUCUAUCUUCUCGGGUUACUACUUACUUGUCUUGACCCACCCGUUUCACUUAUUUCGAAUUUUCACUUACCCAUGUUGAUAAUUCUCUGCAGCUUGAAAAUAUUUGUUCCCAUCGCUUUACUUGCUUUUGGUGUGCUGUUACCUGUCAAUUAUACAGGCCGAAAUUUUAAUACAAUGAGCGAUGAUAUGAAAGACUUAGCAUUUGGUGAGAUAGACAAGUUUUCGAUAUCCAAUGUCCCGCCUGCAUCAAAAAGGUUAAUUGCACAUAUUUUAAUGGCAUAUGUCUUCACAUUUUGGACGUGUUACGUUCUUUAUAAGGAAUACAAAAUUGUGACGGACAUGAGACUACAUUUCCUUGCUUCUCAAAAACGUCGUGCAGAUCAGUUUACUGUUCUUGUGAGAAAUGUCCCCUCGGACCCUGAUGAAUCUGUUAGUGAACAUGUUGACCAUUUCUUUCGUGUUAAUCACCCUGAUCAAUACUUUCUACAUAAGGUGGUGCACAACGCAAACAAGCUUGCACAAAUGGUGGAACAGAAAAAGGAUUUGCAGAAUCGGCUUAUUUACUACACUAAUAAGCACGAGAGAAACCCCAAUAAAAGGCCAACAACGAAGGCAGGUUUUUGGGGUCUUUGGGGGAAGAAGAUCGACGCCAUUGAUUACUAUACCCAAGAAAUCGAGAAAUUGAGCAAAGAAGAAUUAGCAGAACGAGAGCGGGUGAUUGAUGACCCCAAAUCGGUAGUCCCAGCUGCAUUUGUUUCAUUUAGAUCACGGUGGGGUGCAGCCGUUUGUGCUCAAACCCAACAAACAAGGAACCCGACCCGCUGGCUCACAGAUUGGGCUCCUGAACCACGCGAUGUUUACUGGAACAACUUAGCCAUACCAUUUGUGGAACUCAAUGUGCGAAAACUGAUCAUGGCUGUUGCUCUAUUUGGUCUUACUUUCUGUUUCAUGGUCCCAAUUGCCAUUGUUCAAACUUUAGCCAACAUCGAAUACAUCGGAAAAGUUCUUCCCUUUCUGAAACCCCUUAUCAAUAAAGGAUCCGUCAAGUCUUUCAUUCAAGGGUUUCUUCCCGGGAUAGUGUUGAAGAUCUUUCUGCUUGUUCUUCCAAUGAUUUUAAUGGAAAUGUCCAAGAUAGAAGGUUAUGUUGCAUUUUCGGCUUUGGAAGCUAGAUCGGCUGGAAAAUAUCAUCUUUUUUUGCUUGUGAAUGUGUUUUUUGGAAGCAUUAUUACAGGAACCGCUCUUCAACAACUUAAAGAAUUUUUGAAACAGUCACCAUCUCAGAUGCCAGAAACGGUGGGUGUGUCAAUUCCAAUGAAAGCAACGUUUUUUAUUACAUACAUUAUGGUUGAUGGAUGGGCUGGUGUGGCUGCUGAGAUCUUGAGAGUUGUUCCAUUAGUUAUUUAUCACUUGAAGAACAUUUUCUUGGUGAAAACGGAAAAGGACAGAGAUGAGGCAAUGGAUCCUGGUUCAUUGCUUUGGCCUAUAACCGAGCCUCGUCUACAGUUGUACUUCUUGCUUGGACUUGUCUACUCUACAGUCACUCCUAUACUCCUGCCUUUCAUUAUCGUCUUCUUUGCUUUUGCCUAUCUGGUUUUCCGUCAUCAGGUCAUCAAUGUAUACCACCAGAAGUACGAGAGUGCAGCAUCAUAUUGGCCAGGUGUUCAUCAUCGUAUUUUAAUUGGUUUGAUAAUAUCACAGAUUACGUUGUUAGGAUUGCUGAGCACAAAAGAGGCAGCCAACUCGACACCUUUGCUACUGGCACUCCCGAUCCUAACCUUGUGGUUCCAUAGGUUUUGCAAGAAGCGGUUUGAAUCUGCAUUCAGUAAAUUCCCAUUACAGGAUGCAAUGAUCAAAGAUACUCUGGAAAGAGCAACAGAACCGCAAUUGGAUCUGAAAGCGUAUUUAAAAGAUGCUUAUAUGCAUCCUGUUUUUAAAGGGGGAGAGGUUGCAAUGAUGGAUGUUGAGGAAGAAGAUGAUGAUGAUCAUUAUUUAGUUGCUACAAAGAGGUCUUCACGUAGGGGAAGUCAAGCUGGAACUCAGGAAGGUAGUCCUGAGGAUAGAACGGGGGGUAUAUAUGCUGCUGUUUAAUCUCUUUCUUUCUUUCUUUCUUUGUAUAAAUAAGUCAACUUUUCAGUGUUACAUGAGUUAGUUUACUUGUUCAUAUUAAAUGAGUUAGAUU